UGAACCUGCGAUAACAGACCCGGCUCUUCCCAGCGUCGGCAGAGCCGGACCGGUCGUCGGGGCACUUGAAGGAAGACCGAGGGGAAGAAAGGGUAAAUCCACGUUCGGGAAGUAAACUGGGCAUGGAGGGUCAGGAACUGCCUUACGUGCUCAUUGACUGUGUAGGAGGGAAGCAUGGAGUAUAUGAAGACCAUGUUGAAUUUCUGGAGAAACAUUUUCAUCUCAUCACCAUGAAAGAAUAUCUUGAAAACAAGAAAUCUCUCGGCAGAAAGAUCAGAGCUAUUUAUAUAUGGUAUCACAAACCAGUUAUUAAUGAAGAGCUGCUCCAGAGCUUGCCUAACUUGAAGAUAGUUGCAAAUGCUGGAGUGGGGAUAGAUAACCUGGACCUGAACCUCCUCUCCAGCUAUGGUGUCAAAGUGUCCAACACUCCAUUUGUUGUUUCCACCGACACUGCAGACUUUGGGAUGGCUUUGAUGCUGGCAUCUUCCAGGAGACUCAUGGAAGGCUAUCAGAUGGCAGUCUCCCCUGACACGGAGUAUUUCCCCGCUAACUGGCUGGGCGCUGAGGUUUCUGGGGCGACCCUGGGGAUCGUGGGAAUGGGCACAAUUGGCUACAAAGUGGCCGAGAGAGCCAAAGCCUUUGAAAUGAAGAUUUUGUACCACAACAGGAAUCAGAGAAACAAGGAAGAAGAAAGUGCCGUUAGAGCUAUUUACUGUAAGAAGAUAGAUGAUUUGCUCCAGCAGUCAGAUUUUGUGUUGCUGUCUGUGAACCUGACUCCACAGACGCAUAAACUGAUUGGGAAGAGGGAGCUGGAGCUGAUGAAACCCACAGCUACUCUCAUUAAUAUCAGCAGAGGUCUGGUUGUGGAUCAGGAUGCUUUGGUGGAAGCCCUUCAAAACAAAGUUAUUAAGGCAGCUGCUCUGGAUGUGACAUAUCCUGAACCGUUGCCAAGGGAUCACACUUUGUUAAAGCUGAAGAACGUUAUAAUAACUCCUCACAUUGGAAGUGCCACCACAAAGACACGCCGCCUUAUGAUGGAAAACAUGACGGAAAGCAUACAAGCGGGUCUUACAGGUCUCCCUAUCCCUAAUGAAGUAUUCUGUGAAGCAGCCUGCACUUAAUGUUAAUGCCAUUAGUGUUUAUCCUGGUGUGAGGAAACAGUAAUUUGAUCACCCUUCAUGUAACUAUCCCAGGUGUGAUAAGACACAUAAUGCAUAGGUUUAAUUUAUUUAAAUAACCCGAAAGUGAUUCUGGAUGGAAAACUGCAGUAUUUUGUCACAAAUGCCAAUGAAAAUCUCAAGAGUGAUAGUCUUUGUGAGAAACUAUGGACUAGGGUAUUGUUUAUUAAGAUCUAUGUUAAGCUCAAUUAUUAAGAUCUAUGUUAAGCCCAAUUAUUAAGAUUUGCUCAAUGUAGAGGUUAAGAUUUGCUCAAUGUAGAGGUUAGGCUUUGCUCAAUGUAGAGGUUAGGCAACAGAGGAUAUGAAACUGCUUACACUAACUGAACCAGAUACCGUUUGUGCAAAGACAACCGCCAGAUGUUCAAGAACCGACAAGAACAGGACAGACAACCCCAUAUAAGGACAUAUGAGUGAGGGGUCAGUCAACUAUGGGACAAAGGAGGAAGACUUCUUACUUCGGCCUCAACGACCACCAGGAGGCAGAAAACGACCCCCUAACAACAACUGGGGCAUGCGCAGAGUACCUCCAGUACUUCAUUGAACAGGGAAGUAAAGGUGUAUAAAAAUAGACUGAUUGAACUGCUCAGUACGGCAGUUGGCGGAGCGCAGACUCCCCUGCCGUCCAGCGCUGUAUUUGCUCAUAUUCUACUUGCUAUAAUUAAUAAAAUUUUAAUUGGAUUAUGAUCCGUUGUGGUCGCAAU